AUGGCGCGCCCAAAGAUCGUGCUCGAUGACUGGCGCAACCACAUCGAGCAAUGGGCCCGAGAGGGAGCACGCAAAGAGGAGAUUCAACGGAGACUGCAGGAGCAAGCCAACAUCCGAAUAGGCACGUCUACUCUCUCCACCCAUCUACGCACAUGGAACGUCCGGUUCAAUCGCGCCCCGAUCAAGAAGACCGACGGCCUCAAACAGCGUGUCAAUGAGCUCUUUCACGAACGACCGAGCAUGAGAGAUGAAGAGACGGUUCGCGUAUUACAGGAAGAAGGCUUCCAGAUCAGUGGGACUCGAGCUUUGGCCAGGCUGAGGAGAGAAGGCGGAUUGUACAAGAGGGUAGAGAAGGACCAGGAGGAAAGGAUUAAAGAGGAGAUCACUGAGGCCCUGAGGCUGGAGUUCGGCCAAGACUUUGAUAUGCCCGAGGACAUGGCAACAAGAGAUCUGUCUGUGUAUCUACGCUCAAAGUACAACAUCGUGGGACGGUAUGCCUUCCGGCCAGAAGCCUGGACUGGCCGUAUGCUUCAAUGAGAUGCUAAUGGCGCAAGCAGGGACCGCAUACGUAAAAUUGCGGCAGAGCUGAACCCGGACUGGGUGCAGCGACGCAAGCAGAAGGGCCAAUUUCCUCGUCCUGCAUGCCCAGCGCCACGUUCAUAUCGAGAUAGAACCGCGGCCGAGCAAGGUUCGUUUCCAAGCCAUGGCAAUUCUGCUACUAUGGAGUCUGAUAUUGACCCGGGAGGCGAAGAAGCCUUCCCAGAUAUCUCGAGACUGGCUGAGCUGUCAAGGGCAGUGGACAACGAUGCACAGCUGAUGCCUCAGACUGCGUCUCCUGUUACGAUCCCCGGCGAGUUCAUAACUCCAUGGCUCGAUCCGGGUUUGACUGAACCGCCCUGA